UUGUUAUUAACAAGUUGUUAAUUUACCGUGAAAAUUACAACUUGUUGUAAACCAAUAACUUGAGGAUCUGAGUACUACUGGUAUUUGUAUCCUUAAAAUUUCAAAUCCUAAAUCCUGUGUGCAUUGCUUCUGUUUGCUGUUUCAGGCCUUAAUUCGUCUUCUCAAUAUUAAUUAAAAUUGGCCUCUGAAGCAUCUAUGGUAAAAAUUAUUUAGUGUUUUAUUCCACCUUCGUAGCCUUGCCCAAGUCUCACAGGUCAUAUUCUGGUUUUAUAAAGUGAAUCAUGAGCUUUACUAAUAAACCUGAUGAGUCGGGUGUUGAUCUAUUGCCUGGUGAAGUGAUUGUUGGUCAGUUGGAAAAGAAAACAGUUAACUAUGUUUGUCCAUUUACGGGUGCUGUUCCUGGAGCUCUUUCAUUAACCAAUUACCGUUUGGUUUUUAGAAAUUUUGAUUCUGAUAAAGUCAUUCACAUUGAAGUUCCAUUAUGUACUAUAAACCGUAUUGAAAAAAUUGGUGGUGCGACUAGCAAAGGUGAAAAUUCAUAUGGUAUUGAAUUAUUUUGUAAAGAUUUUAGGAAUGUUCGGUUUGCUCAUAAGCAAGAAAAUCACUCUAGACGAGAAUUAUUCAACAAAUUGUGCAAAUAUGCUUUCCCGGUUACAAACAAAUUGCCCUUGUUUGCUUUUCUCUACAAAAGUGCUGGAGCCACUUUUCCGUUCAAUGGAUGGUCAGUUUAUGAGCCUAUUGCUGAAUACAAAAGACUAGGUUUACCUUCUGAAAGCUGGAAAAUCAAACAUAAUGAAAAUUAUUCUCUAUGUGAUACAUAUCCUGGAGUUUUGGUUGUUCCUGUCAAUGCUGGUGACAGCUGUCUGAAAGCAGUGGCGGCUUUCAGAAAGAAAGGUCGAUUACCGGUAUUGAGUUGGAUUCAUCCGCUUACUCAGGCUAGUAUCACUCGAUGUAGUCAGCCUAUGGUUGGUGUUGCCGGUAAAAGGAGUCCAGAAGACGAAGCUUACAUUCAGAUGAUUAUGGAUGCUAAUGCACAAUCUCACAAAAUUUACAUUAUGGACGCUAGGCCUCAUCCCAAUGCUUUAGCCAACAAAGCUCGCGGUGGAGGUUAUGAAAGUGAAGAGAAUUAUGUUAAUGCUGAAAUCUCAUUUUUAGAUAUUCACAAUAUCCAUGUUAUGCGUGAAAGUCUUAAGAAAAUGAAGGAAUUUUGUUUCCCCAUCAUCGAUGAUCAACGUUGGUAUUCAAAUAUUGAGUCAACUCAUUGGCUGGAACAUGUUCGAGCAACGUUGGCUGGUGCCUUGAAAAUCGCUGAUAAAAUUGAAAAUGCCAAGACUUCAGUUGUAGUUCAUUGUAGUGAUGGUUGGGAUAGGACAUCUCAAUUAACUUCACUUGCUAUGAUUAUGUUAGACUCUUAUUACCGUACGAUUGUCGGUUUCGAGGUUCUUAUUGAAAAAGAAUGGAUAAGUUUUGGUCACGAGUUCGCUCUCAGAAUCGGUCAUGGAGAAGAGAAACCCGACAGUGACCGGUCACCUAUUUUUGUCCAAUUUAUUGAGUGUGUUUGGCAAAUGACUAACCAGUUUCCAAAUGCAUUUCAGUUUAAUGAAAGAUUUCUCAUCACGAUUUUAGACCACCUAUACAGCUGUCUUUUUGGAACUUUUCUGUGCAAUUCUGAGCUGGAACGAAACACUGCUAAUAUAAAAAAUGAAACAAUCUCUAUAUGGUCAUAUAUUAACAGCAAUAAGCACCAAUUUAUGAAUCCUUUAUAUUCAAACAAAACUCAAGACCAAGUUUUAUUUCCAACUGCCUGUUAUCGACGUAUUGAGCCUUGGAAAAGCUACUAUUGUCGUUGGAAUCUCUCUCACCGUACUGAUCUGGAAUCAUUUUAUGAGCGUACAGAAGAAUUGGUUGCAAUAAAUCAAGAGUUGGAGAAGCGAGUAGAAGAUCUUCAAAAUCAACUCCAAUUGAAAUUCUCAAGAUCUGGGAACAGUUCGACUGUCUUAGCAUCAGCAAAUAGUGCAUCAAACGCCACAGCUGGUAAUACUUCAUCUGUUAUUCCAAACUCAACCAGUCACUCAUCAUCUUCCUCUGGUCUUGCCAGAUUAACCUCGGUGAUAUCAUUAUGAGAAUUAAAUAUUAUGAUUCAUCCAUCAUCAUUUAAAAUCAAGCUGUUGGCUCAAAAGGACACUCACUAUCAUCAAUACCAUCUACUUUUUGACAUUAUUUUGGCCAUAAUUUCCUGAUCCAGAAUAAACUCAUCAAGCCAACAACCCUUUUUUAUGGAAAUUGAGAUUUUGGAAAUUGCAAUUUGACCUGAUGUUGUUAAUUUUUAUUUGCCAACUGAGUUGCUAUUAUUCGCCUAAUAUUUAUUCCUUUUAAACAAAAAUCUCUCGUGCCUAAUCCUAAUUAUUAUCCAAUAAUUUGCAAUCGAAAAUCUAUUUUAUUAUUAAUCAGAAAUUUUUUCAUUUUACCCAUUACAUAUCAUUGUCAACCAAAAACCUGCUCUAAAAUUCAGUCAAAAUGUUGUAAAAUCUAACUCAAUAAAAUUGCGAAAAGAGCUCUUCAACCGUAGAUUUAUAUAAUAGCAUAAUCAA